AUGCACCAGAAGCCGAGGCAGCUGAGCGCGCCGCGCGGUGGCCCUGGCGCAGUGGACAGGCUGCUCAAGAGGGCGAGGCAGCCCCUGGGCAUCAAGGGUAAGAAGCCCUUGAGCGCGUACCUCGUCAGCCCCGACGGGCGCCCGUGCGCGAAGGUCACGCGCACCACCGACCUGGUGGACGGUCAGCUGGUGGCCGUCUCGACGCGGGAGCUGGCCGUCGCGGCGGCAGGCGGCGGCGCGGCAGAGGCGGCUCCCGCGCAGGUGGAGGAGUCCGCCGCCGCCCUGGACGCGGUCCGCACGGCCUACGCGAAGCGCGCAAAGCACGGCGUGCUGGGCGGCGGCGUCUUCGGCGCCUUGUCGCCGCAGGAGGCCCAGGAGGCGAGCGAGCGCCUGCUGGAUCAUACGCGCGAGUACGCGCGGUCGGAGGCGCUGCAGGCCCUGCGGCGGGCCAGGGCCGCGCUGCCAGCCGCGGGCGCCCGCGGGAGAUUGCUGGAGGCGCUGGAGCUCAGCCAGGUGGUCAUCGUGGUGGGGGAGACGGGCUCGGGCAAGACGACCCAGUGUCCCAACUUCAUCCUCGAGGCCGCCGCCGAGGCCGGCCGCGGCGGUGAGGUUGCCGUCGUCUGCACCCAGCCCCGCCGCAUAGCCGCAGUCUCCGUCGCCGAGCGGGUGGCCGAGGAGCGCGGAGAGCAGACGGGGCGCAACGUGGGCUACGCCGUGCGGCUCGACUCCAAAACCUCAAGGGAGACCCGGCUGCUCUUCUGCACCACCGGCGUGUUGCUGCAGCAGCUGAAUGUUUCCCCCGACUUGCACGGGGUCACCCACGUCGUCGUCGACGAGGCGCACGAGCGGAGCCUGCACACGGACUUCCUCCUGGCGCUGCUGCGGGAGGUCCUGCAGCGGCGCGCGGAUUUGCGGGUGGUGGUGAUGUCGGCUACCCUCGAGCAGGGGCUCUUCCAAGAGUACUUCUCGGGUUUCGCCUUCGACCCGAGCGACGACCUGCCG